GCGACAAUCAAGCCUUGUGAGUUGUUUCGCGUGGUCAAAGUGUGUUCCGAAGCUGAGCUUGAAAGGAAAGAUUUCACCCGUUCUCCACCAUGAAGUGCGUUGCUGUUGCGGUUUUGUUCGGCGUGGUGUUGCUGGCCGGUGCCGCAUUUGCAGACGAAUCGGAAGAAAUCUCCGUCGAGCAGUCGGUUGAGGCAAACUGUGAAGUUGAAAAAUGUAACGGACAGUACGAAGAGUUUAGGUGCUGUGGAAUGUGCUACCAGGACACGUGCAUCACCAACAAGAUAGAUUGCGAAAAUAAAUGCACCAAAGGAUGCUACUGCAUUAAGGGAUUCAUCCGUGAGUACGAGGGUGGCAAGUGCAUGCCGCAGCGCCUGUGCCAAUCGUACCUUCGCAGCGGAUUCAGCAGCGGCUAGGUGUGAAAUCUUGAAGUAUGCCAUUGUGAAUGUGUACCAAUAAGUUUCCGAAAUACAGCAGCUUAACAAACCAACAA